AUGCCGAAGCAGUCGACUAUGGUCAACCGCCUCGAUGCGGCGGACGUCACAGAGCUGCCCCCUGGCGUUCACAAAGUCGAGUGGAUGCCAGACACGCGCUUCCCUCUCUGCGGCACGUUUGUCUUCCACCUCGAGGACUACACGAUCGGCUACAUUAUUCGCAACGAUUUGCUGAGCGACCCGCGAGUCAAGUUCGUCGGCCUGCGACAGCCGCAUCCCCUUGAGCCGAAGAUCGAACUCCGCAUUCAGACUGUCUCGAGCAGCCCGUUCUCUUUGGUCCUGGAGAGUUUGCGGAAAAGAAAAGCCGCGUUGUCUCUGCUCAAGGCGAGAUUCAAGGCGGCCGCUGGUGCAGCGCCUGUUGUACAGACGGCUGACGGAGUUCUGUUUCACGCGGACGACGCGGCCAAGAACCUCGACCCGAUGGGCGUCUCCGCAGUGGGAACUAACGAGGGCGCAGUCACCGGCGCCGCGAGUGCAGGAUUCUCUAGUCUUUUGAGAUGA